AGCAGAGCGAAGAAACAUUCCAGAAAUCGUCUCUCAACAAAAGUGAACGAGGUAAACUUUCGAGGUGCUAAAAUUUGAUUAAAAACCCUGAAAAACCUUAAUCGUUAGUGCCAGAAAUAUCGUAAUUCUGUGCGCGAAAGCCAGCAGAGCUUACGUUGCGUGAAAUUUUCCGCUCACGGUUGGGGGAAACGGUAUGAAAAGUGAAUUUUCCGAAGCGGAUUAUCAGCAGCACCAAAAGCGCAUUUCGGACAAGAUGGCGUCGACGGCAGCAGGGCCCGAAGAUUUCGACGUCGAAGAGAUGCUCGAGGCUCCGUACAAGAAGGAGGACGAUGGAUCACCAGUAAACAAUGGAGUGUCCAACGGACACAAGAAAGAUCGAGACAAUACCCACAAAUCAUCUAGGCACCGCAGUCGUUCCCGGGAACGUGAUCGUGAUGGAGAGAAACGACGCAAGGAUCGUUCGCGAUCACGUGAAAAGCGUGACAAAGACAAGAAGGAUAGGGGAGAUCGCGAACGUCGUUCGAAGUCUCGCCAUACAGAACGAUCGCGGGACAAAAAGGACAAGGAUCGUCGUCGGGAGCGGUCCAAGGAGCGUGAGCGUUCAAGGGAUCGGGAUCGCGAACGUGACCGUGAACGCGAUCGCGGUGGACGUCGUUCGCGUGAUCAUUCUAAGGAUCGUUUCCGCCCAGGCCGUGAUAGAGAAUAUCGCCGUCGCAGUCGCAGUAGAGACAACAGAAGACGUCGUUCCCGUUCCCCGAGGGCAUUCCGACGAGGACGCACUCCCCCGAAUGGCGUUCGUUAUCGGGAUGAUUCACCCCGUGAAGAACUGAGCGUUGAGGAUCGCGAUGCGCGUACCGUUUUCUGCAUGCAGCUUUCGCAACGAAUUCGUGCCCGUGACUUGGAGGAAUUCUUCUCGAGCGUUGGAAAAGUACGCGACGUUAGGCUUAUCACAUGCAACAAAACUAAACGGUUCAAAGGCAUCGCUUACAUCGAGUUCAAAGAUCCGGAAUCAGUGGCGUUGGCAUUGGGGCUGUCCGGGCAACGUUUGCUUGGAAUUCCCAUUUCGGUUCAGCACACUCAAGCGGAAAAGAAUCGCAUGGCCAGCACACCUCCACAGCCACCACCAAAGGUCACUUCUGGGCCAAUGAGAUUGUACGUUGGUUCGCUGCAUUUCAACAUUACCGAAGACAUGUUGCGUGGAAUAUUCGAACCGUUCGGAAAGAUCGAUAACAUUCAGCUGAUUAUGGACUCGGACACGGGACGGUCCAAGGGUUACGGGUUCAUUACAUUCCACAAUGCAGAUGAUGCCAAAAAAGCACUCGAACAGCUGAAUGGUUUCGAGCUGGCUGGUCGUCCGAUGAAGGUGGGCAACGUGACUGAGCGGUUGGACGUGACAACCCAUGCUUCCCUUGAUACGGAUGAAAUGGACCGUAGUGGAAUCGAUUUGGGCGCAACCGGACGGUUACAGCUCAUGUUCAAACUGGCAGAAGGUGCCGGUCUGGCAGUUCCUCGUGCUGCUGCCGAUGCUUUACUGGCCACUGCACCUCAGCCAGCACCACAGCAACCGGUGGCACCCUCUCCACCAAUUGCCACACAAUGUUUCCUACUGUCCAAUAUGUUCGAUCCGACCACAGAAACCAAUCCGACCUGGGAUACGGAAAUAGAGGACGAUGUGAUUGAAGAGUGCAACAAACACGGUGGCGUGCUGCACGUCUAUGUAGAUAAGGAGAAUCCUGCCGGAAACGUCUACGUCAAAUGUCCUAGUAUAGCGACAGCAGUCCUAGCGGUCAAUGCACUUCACGGCCGAUGGUUCGCUGGGCGGAUCAUUACGGCAGCUUACGUACCACUGGUCAACUAUCACACACUGUUUCCAGAUUCUGCAGCGGCCACCGCUAUGCUUAAACUGAACCGAACAAACUAAAAGCCUACACCUACGAUGCCACGACAGAGAAGGGCAUCGUUGUCUGUUUUUUCCUCUUCUGACUCGUUUGUUAGACGUGACUGCGCGUGCGAGAGUGCUUUCGAUUCUCCACUUAGAAGUUCACCCAACGUAAAUGUGAUAACAUGUCAAAAACAUAAUAAAAUCAGAACCGUUUAAAUUAAGCUACACACAAAAAAGUCACAUGCACACCGGUUCUAGAUCCUAAAUCGGCGAUUUCUUACUCUCAGAAAUAAAAAAAAUGUGAGUUUUGUCUUUAGAGGAUGAAUGAGUGAGUGAGUCAAUUCGUAGUCAUUUUUGACCUAAGUAAAAAAAAAAAAAACAAUAGCAAUCAUCGAUUACAAUUCAGUUGCUUUUGCGGAAUGAGAAUCUGGUGUUCUGGAUAUAUGCUUUUUAAGUUUAAGGUGAAAUGUUUAAAAAAAACCGUCAUCCUUGCUGUAUAGAGGACACUGUAUGUGAAACCGAGUGAUUUGAAUGGUGAAGACACCCCUUACAUACAGAUAACGUGGCAUAUCUAUGUAAUGAAAGUUAGAAGGAUGCAAUUCAAUGAAUAUCUACAAACUAAUUUUAAUCGGUAGCGAUUCUAAUACCUACAUUACUAUUAUUGUGCAGAAAUGUAGACAGAAGCGUUUGAACAAGUUGUACAAAUUCAAAUAUCCAA